AUGGAGAAGAAAUUUAAAACAGCCUUCUACAUUUCAGCAUUAGAACAACCAUUAGAUGACUAUGAAAGUCUCUGUGCGCUUCAAAAGUUAAAUGGGGUGGAGCUGGGUGAAACUUACUUAACACGAUCUGCAUGUACUGAAUUCAUUGAGCACAUAAGCUCUGUUAUGAAGGAGGAUCUCGCAGACAAAUUGAAGGAAUGUAACUUUUUCCCCCUAAUGAUUGAUGGAAGUACAGAUCAUGGUGUCAUUGAGGAAGCCAUUAUGUAUGUGCGCUACUUGGAAAAGUCAGUUGGAAGACCGGUCACUGCAUAUCUUGGAAUCGAAGAACCUAAGGCUGGAACUGGAAGAGGUUAUUUAGAUGCGGUUGAUUCCUGUUUCCAAAGAGUAACCAACAUGAAUUCAGUCACCUGGAAGGAGAAAAUUACAGGCCUGGGAACUGAUGGCUGUGCGGCAAUGACAGGUGAGAAGAACGGAGUGGUUGGUUUAUUGAGGCAAGAAAAUAGAGAAUUUAUGGGAUUCUGGUGC